UACACUCCUACAUCCAUGGGUACAAGGGCUAUAUCCAGCCAAAGUAUUGCAAUAAUGAGAGCACACAUACUAACAUCAAGUUUGAUGCGGUCUCUAUCGCAUCAUACUGAUACAACCCCGGGACCGGGCUCCCACGUAAUUCCAUAUUUAAGCAGCGCAGCCAGCCCACUUUUCACAUCUCGUCUUGAUCCUUCUGCUUCCUCAAUUCUCCCACUCACAGCACACACUCAUAUAAACCGAGAACACUUCAACCAUGAGCGACAUCGGGCCAGAGUUUCUGUCCGAAAGGGCGAACUGGGCUUAUUGAACGGCUCUUUAAGACCACAGACCGAGAAGAGCCGGGAAGUGUGAUGUGGGUAUUUCUCUGGCUGUGCGACAUCAAGUACCUAUAUCAUUUGAUCAAACUGGCCGAACGAAAACAUCCCAUCGUCAAGAUCCGGUUGAAUGAACGUCGCUUUAUCAGAAGUCUGAAAAGAUUGGUCUUUUACCGAAAAUCCCGGGCUGCGGAUAGCGUACCCAACACCAUGAGCAUUCAAGAGUCGCGUCUAAUCAGACGCUCGGCGAGAGUGUCAGAUGAAGCUCUCAGGAGAGACAAACGCUGCGUCAUCACCAAAACACCAGAGCCACUCGAAACAUGUCAGAUUUUCCCCUAUUCUAUUCAUGAGCUGGAUGUCGGUGACUUCUGGGCGCUCUCUUCACUUUUUCUGGCCGGAGGCGACAAUCAAACGAUGGGAUGACAAUACCGCUGGCGAAUACGGAACGGAGAGAUGCUGCAAUCGGAUCACCCUAUCCAAGGAUGUCCGUGGUCUUUGGGAGAACG